CCAUGAAUUUCAAUUAUAUCUGUUUGUUAUUGUGAAUAUAUGGUGCCAAGAAUUGGAUCUGAAGUUUCUCUUAGAUUAUGGAUCUGAUUAUUAGUUUCUGUCCGUACUCAUUUAUAUAUUAAAUGCUUUCAAGGUUUUCCACAAUUUGCAUGCUACAUUAUUAGCUGGCAAGUAUUCAUUUAAUCGGUUCAGACCCGUCUCUAACAAGGCUAGACAUGACGCUACCAGGGCAGAUGAUGUGUAACUAACUUUAGUUAUUUGACACCUGCAGUUAAUACAAUUGUGGUAACAUUCGCCAUAAGCCAGCAUAAUGAACUAUAAAGAUAAUGCAGACGCUCAGCUGGCUGAGAUUGAGUUGUUGUCCAGUAUGUUCCCCGGUGAAGACGAGCUGGAGAUCACUGACCAGCUAGCGGUGGCGGAGCUAAGAGGGUAUGUGGAGGGGUCGGCAAACAGCCUGCCCCUGUCCAGACCACACUUCCUCAUCAAGCAGAAGUUGGACAUCGCGAACGGGGUGAAUGUGACAAUGUCAUGCUCCUACUCAUCUGAAUAUCCACAUGCCUUACCUGAAAUCACUGUGAGGUGUCCUGUCCUGGGUCGAUCCCAGCAGGCCAAACUUCAAUCUGACAUGAACUCCUACCUGUCGGAGAAUUGCCUAGGGGAGGUCUGUGUCCUCUCAGCUGUGGAGUGGGUCAGAGACAAAGCACACCAGUACCUAAAGGAUGACAACAUGUCAGCCCCAACAACCAGUCCUGGCAGGGAACAGUCUGCGUCAUCCCCACAGUCCAAAGAGCAGUUCAGUCGGCUGUGGAUCUAUAGCCAUCACAUCUAUAAUAAGAGUAAAAGGAAGAACAUUCUGGAGUGGUCCAAGGAUCUGGGUCUGUCGGGGUUCAGUAUGCCGGGCCAGCCAGGCAUCAUCUGUGUGGAGGGACCUCAGUUGGCCUGUGAAGACUUCUGGGCCAGGGUGAAGGUUCUAACCUGGAAGAAGAUUAUGAUUCGCCACAGAGAGGAUGUUGAUGUAGCGGAAGGCAGCCUGGAUGAUGUGGAUUCCCUACGGAGGUUCAGUGGGUUUGAGGAGGCCGUGUUUGAUCCACACGGGAACAGGAGAAACCACAUGGCCCUUGGACAGCUGUACCACUACCUCAAUCAGAGAGGCUGUGGAUACGUCUUUCAGCUUUACUUUGGGAUUGAAGGAAGGUAGUUAUAUUACAGAACUUGACAGGCACAAUGUGCCUUGUUAAGCUGCUGAAGUUUGAACUAAAAUAUUACAAUUUUACCAUAUCAUCCAAAGGUUUUUCAAAGUGGUAUCAAGUGUAUCAUUAUAAUAUGAAGCGGACAAACAAGGAUAUUUAAUGGCAAAGCUCUUCUGCAGCUGUGGUGUGAUUCAUAACGUACCCUAUUUAAUGGGUUUUGUAUCUCACAUUGUGCUGUGAUGUUUGACUCACCCCAGUAGAUGGCAAUGUUUGCUAUUAAACUACACAGUCUCAAA